UGUGAGCUCCGGUCGAAUGAGUGAGUCCGGUCCUAGAGAAGUGAAGUGAGAAGCUCGUAGCGAAAACUAAGGGCUGCGGACUGGGGCUUCUUUCAAGCAUUACAAGUCCCCUUCACUAGUUUUGGAAUACACAUUACAUCAAGGCUUAACAUGUCAAGAGACUAUUUGGAUUUUCCUGUCUUCUAUAGGCUCCGACCGGAGUGAGACUUUCGUGGAUGUAAUUUCUUAUUGGAAACUUUGGAAACAUUUCCGCUUGGAUCUUGGAUCAAUCAAUAAAGUCCAGAAUCGACACCACGACGUAGAGAAGAAACUGACCCGGCCGAUUUACAGGCGGUGAGGAGAUGUGUGUGGUCUUAUGAGUAACAGCUAUGGAACAGCUGAGGCUCCAUCUCCUCUUGUUGACUGUGGCUGCAUUCACACUCUGGCCCUUAGCCCGUGGUGCCGAGCCGUCGGUGCGUGCUAAAGAGGGCAGCGGGGCAGUGCUCAGGUGCAGCGUAGCGGGUGCGGAUGUGGGCACUGCCAGCCCCAGGCACGUGGUGGAGUGGGUACGCGAGGACUUCGACAUCCCCAUCCUCAUCAAGUUCGGGGCCUACGCCCCCCGAGUCCACCCCGACUACGAAGGUCGAGUGUCCCUGCUGGGGGACAGCGCUCUGAGCGUUGAGACACUGCGCCUGGAGGACCAGGGCCGGUACGAGUGUCGCAUCCUUCCUCUGGAGCAGACCAACGAGGAGACACGCAACGGCAGCUGGACGCUCCUCUCUGUCUAUGCGGCCCCUAUCUUCACGGAAACUCCACCACCUGUUGUGGAGGCCCUGUUGGGGAAGCCGCUCACGCUCAGGUGUGUCGUCCGUGGCAACCCGACCCCGAGAGUCACAUGGGCUAAAAAUGGCGUCCUUCUCAAGCAGAACAAGACUGAGGUGCGCAAUGGGACCGUGUCGUUCCGGUCAGUGACCAGAGAGGCAGCUGGUGAGUACAGAUGCGACGCCUUCAACUCCGAGGGCAACGUGAGUCAUGUGACACGGCUGAGUGUCAAAGGUCCCCCUGUUAUCCGCAUCCCUCCUAAGGACCUGGUCCUCAACAUCUCCCAGGGGGCCGCGCUGCUGUGCAAGGCAGAGGCUGACCCCCCCAACAUGACCUACGUGUGGCAGAAGGAGGGGGAGAACAUCUACCACAUCCAGUCUCUGAAGUCCCGUGUGAAGGUACUGGUCGACGGAACGUUGCAGAUCAGUCGCCUCACUCCAGAGGAUUCUGGGAACUACACCUGCACGCCCACCAACGGGCUGCUCACUCCGCCCUCUGCCUCGGCUUCCCUGACUGUCAGACAUCCUGCCCAGGUGCUCAACAUGCCCAGGGAGACGUACCUGCCCACAGGUAUGGGUGGCGCCAUACCCUGCCCCGUCCGAGCUGAACCGCCUCUGCUCCGCGUCGACUGGACCAAGGAUGGAAAGCCUCUGGACUUGGAUACAUAUCCGGGGUGGACGCUGACAUCACAGGGCUCCGUGGUCAUGGCAACGGCCAGCGAGGACGCAGCAGGUGUUUACACCUGCACGCCGUACAACGUCUAUGGUACAAUGGGCGAAUCGGAGCCCACCAGGGUGAUUCUGCAGGACCCCCCCUCCUUCAAAGUGUCCCCUCGUAAGGAGUACCGCCAGGAGGUGGCGCGCAUGCUGGUCAUCCCAUGCGAGGCCGCUGGAGACCCAGCACCUAGAGUCACCUGGAGCAAGGUGGGGCGCUCUCCCAGCUCCCCCUUCAGCAUGGCGCCCAAUGGCUCUCUGGUGCUACGGUCACUCAACAAGGACCACCAGGGGGCGUGGGAGUGCUCCGCGGCCAACAGGGUGGCCACGGUCAACGUCAGCACCACCGUUCUCGUUCUGGGCACGAGUCCCCACGCGGUGCCCCUGCUGUCUAUCUCGGCUGGGCUCACCCAUGCCAACGUGUCAUGGGAGCCGGGCUUUGAUGGCGGAUACACACAGAAGUUCACCAUCUGGCUGAAGCGUGCGUCUUCUGAGGCCGACGUGGAGAAGCAGGAGUGGGCAUCCGUGCCCGUGCCACCCUCUGCAGGCACCAGCCUGCGGGUCACUGGCCUCCUGCCAAGCACGGACUACCAGUUCAGCGUCCUGCCGCAGAACAAGAUGGGCACCGGGCCCUUCAGCGACAUCGCUACCGCCAGAACCCUGGAUCCACAACCAGUUGUAAAGGAACUGGCUCCGCCUACAUUCCUGUCAGCCAAUGUGACAUCGGGGGGCGUGGUGAUCCGCUGGAAGCCCCCCCGUGGCCAAAGCCCCCCUGUAGAGAGCUUUCUACUUCAGUCUCGUCUGGAGGGGGGCCAGUGGGCUAACCUCGUGGAGGGCAUCAAUGCCAACCGCACCCACAUGGUGCUCCAGGACCUUAGCAAGGACCGUGUUUAUGAGCUGCGGCUGCUGUCUCAGCGUGGGGACGAGUGCAGUGGUCCCAGCGCCUCCAGGAACAUCUCCACCGCAGGGCUGGAGGCCUCUGUGUCCCCUGCCAGUCGCGGCAUGCAGCAGGUGGUCGCUGAGCCGCUAUUGGCUGGCCUGGUGGGCGGUCUGGGCCUGCUGUGUGUGGCUCUGCUGCUGACCAUCGGCACGGCGUGUGUGUACCGCCGUCGCAACGCCCGCCGCAAGAGGAGGAGGGAUGAUCUCACACCUGCUCUCCUGGCCAGCCCGUCUGCAAUAGCAAGUGCGGCUGGUGGCAGUCCAGACAGUGUGCUGAAGCACCAACUCCUUCCUCCCCACUCCCACUUCUCCUCCUACUCCUCCUCCCCGUCCUCCUCCCCCUGCGAUCCCGCCUCCUUGGAGCGUUCCAGCCAGGCCGACUACCGAAGCCCCCAGCAGGGGUCUCGCUCCUCCACCUCCAGAGCACUCCCUCCCCUCCCCGAGAGCACCCUCCACAGGGCCGGCGGCCCCCUCUCGCCCCUCUCUCCCCUGGAGCUCAUCUCCCGCGGGCCGGAUGGACGCUUCUCUCUGGACCCGAGCGCUCUGGAGACUCUCGAGGAGACCCCCUUCUCCCGGACACCCGUCCGGAGGAGCCUGCAGGCGGACUUCUCCCGAUGCCCCUCUUCGGCCCGAGGAGGCCCCCAGAGGUCCCACUCCCUGCGCUCGAAUCGGGAGGAGCGGCGGGACAGACAGAGGGGGAUGGACAGAGACGGGAUGCUCGCGCUAAAAUUACUGUCCGCC